GACUAUUUUAUAUAUUAUUUAAAUCUAUCUUUAUAAGUAUUUUAUGAGAUUUAUCAAUUUUAUAACUAUUUUUAAUUUAAUUUUUAUAUAUUGGAAAAAUUGUAAAGGAACGGUUUUAUCAGUGUAUCAAAAACAUCUUAAAACAGACCAGGUAUGCCAUGAUUUUCUUGAAAAUAGCAAUUUUGGGGAGUCACUCGUUGAAUGUGUAAGGAAAAUUGCAAAAGAAUCGCAUUGUGGAGGACCCUAUGAUGUGCGAUGUCUUUGUAACUCGGAUUAUUUUGUUUUUUCUACACUUUUUGUUAAAACAUAUGCAUCAUGUUUUCGUUUGCUAGAUUCUAGUGAACAUUUAUCUUUUUCACAAUUUUUUGAAGGACUUUGUAAUAAUCCACCGGUUCCUGACAGUUUAUGUGUUAGCUUAAAUAAGCCACCACCACCUAUUUUAUGUUCAGAUCCAUAUAAACAUAUUAAAUUUGGAGACGAGCUUUUGGCAUGUAUGAAAAGAUCGGCAAAUCGAUCACUAUGUCAGAAUUUGAAUGAUGCAAAUUGUUUGUGUGAUUCACGUUCUCAUUGGAUCAAUGUUAAUGAAUGUCUUCGUACUGAAGAUUUAAGUAAACUUGCUAUCGUUCAAGACUUUCGAAAGUCAUUAUGUAAUUCACCACUUGAGCUUCCUGGAUGUUCAGGUGUUCCAGAUGUUUUACCGGACUGUCCAGAUGUUUUUGAAGCUUCUGAUCUUGAUAAUGACCUUAAAAAAUGCCUUACAACUAUAGCAAAAGGAACACGUUGUGGAAAUAUGGAUAUAGUUUGUUUAUGUGAUUCAAAGAAGUUUAUUGAUUCUACUACAAAACAAGAAAAUUAUGAUAUUUGUUACACUAAACUGUCUUCCAAUGUUCGUCAUAGUUAUUUAAAAUAUAAAGAGGAGCUUUGUAGUAGUGUUAAGCAGGCUAAUAUGUGCACUUUAAAAAGGCCCUCUUAUCAAGAAGUUAUUUGUUUUGACCCAUACAAACAUACAGGUUUUGGAGAUAGUCUUAAAGCAUGUUUGACAGCUGCUGCAAAAAAUUCAUUAUGUAAACAGCCUUAUGAUUCAUUAUGUCUUUGUGACUCAUUGUCAUAUUUGAAUGCUGUUAGAAAGUGUGUCAUGGAACUUGAUGAUAAAGAACGUAGUAAAGUUACAGCUUUUCAUGAAACUAUGUGUAAAAACCCCACCUCACUAUCUGGUUGUAGUAAAAAAACAGACUUAUUAUCUCUCUGUAAGGAUGUUUUUGAGGAAAGCAGCUUUAGUUCUGAAUUCAAAGAGUGUUUAAAAGAAAUUGCUAAAAAGUCUCGUUGUGCCGGGAGUUAUGAUCCAGUAUGUCUUUGCAAUUCUAAUUAUUUCAUGGAAUCUACUCUAUUGAUUGAUACAUAUGAAAGAUGUUUUCGUCUAUUCACUGUUGAAGAACAUCUUUCUUUUACGAAUUUUUAUAAUAAUAUGUGUAAGAAUCCUCAGCCACCUCCUACACCAUGUAUUCAACUUCAAGUAUUAUCGGAAAAACCAGUUUUAUGCUCAGAUGUAUAUAAAAAUGUACAAUUUGGAGGAAAAUUCAUGGAAUGUAUGAGAAACGCAUUAGAAAAAUCAAAUUGUCCAAAACCUUAUAAUGCAUUAUGUCUUUGUGACUCUAGAUCUUAUUUCAAUGUUGUUAAUAGAUGUAUAAUUACUACUGAUAAUAAGGAAUAUAAAGUAUUCAGAGAUUUUACAGAAAUUUUAUGUAAAAAUCCUACAUUACUUCCUGGAUGCACUAUGGAUACAACCUCAUCAACUCAAUUACAAACUACAUCAACAGCUAUCUCCACUCAAUCAUUGACAAUUCUUGAAACAAUAACAAGUUAUACUUCGACAACUAUAAUUAUACCUUCUCCUGGUACUCUAAUAUCAUAUUAUUCUGGUUGUCAACAAAUAAAACUCAAUACUGUAUUUUUUCUUCUUGCAAUGCUUUUCAUUAUUAUAUUUAUUUAAAAAUCUCAAUACUUAUAUUACAUUUACUCUUUCUAAUCAAU